AUGCGCGUAAUCAAUUGCUGCACGCGCCUCCACGCGCCGUCGUCAAUUCGUCUCUCAUUUGUUCGCCGAAAUCACUCGCAAACACACUCAUAUCGCUGCGUCGGCCACGGAAAUUGCUCUCUGUCGACGAAUCAAAUGGAGCAGCGUAAUCUAUCUGCCAACACUGUGAUAGAUCAUCCUCGAGCUCUCACCGAUAAAAUCACCUUGAUUCGUGACGCGGGUCCGUCCAAAUUUCAGGUAAUUGCAGAUUUCGAUGCGACUUUGACGAGAUACCGAGUCAAUGGACUUCGAGGCCAGACUAGUCAUAACCUCUUGCAGCAAGGAAAUGCAGAAUAUGAUGCUAAGAGGCAAGCAUUAUAUGAUCAUUAUCAUCCUCUCGAGAUUUCUCCUGUGAUUCCUAUUGACGAAAAAACCAAACUCAUGGAAGAAUGGUGGAGUAAAACACAUGAUCUUCUGAUUGAGGGAGGUUUAACAUAUGAUGCAAUCAAGAAAUCUGUUGAGAAUUCUUCCAUAGCCUUUAGAGAAGGUGUGGUUGAACUGUUUGAAUUCUUGGAGAAAAAGGAGAUCCCAGUUUUGAUUUUUUCAGCAGGACUUGCUGAUGUCAUUGAAGAGGUUUUGAGGCAGAACCUUCACAGAACAUUCAAGAAUGUAAAGAUUGUUUCAAACAGGAUGGUGUUCGAUGAUAAUGGACGGCUUGUGUCUUUCAAAGGGAAGCUAAUUCAUGUGCUAAACAAGAACGAACACGCUUUAGACAUGGCUGGUCCGCUUCACGAUCAGCUUGGUGUUGACACUGGUGAGGAAGAUGAAGAUGAAGCAAAUGCAUACGUGAAACAACGAACAAACGUUUUGCUUAUGGGAGAUCAUUUGGGAGAUUUGAGGAUGUCUGAUGGUUUGAGUUAUGAGACUCGAAUCUCUGUUGGAUUUCUGAAUGAUAACAUUGAGAAGAGUCUUGAAAGCUACCGUCAAGCAUUUGAUCUUGUUUAUCUUAAUGAUGCACCGAUGUGGGGAGCUGUGGAGCUUGUUUCUCGGUUAUUCUCAACAGAAGAGACUUAG